AUGUAUCCAUUCAACUUGUUACUUACACUAAUAGCGUGCCUAUUUGCCAGUGUUUUCUGUGCAGUAAGUUCUAUCGAAGAAGAUGUGGGGAACGGUAGAUAUGUUAUUGAAGGACGAGUGUUUCCACUAGAUGACCAAGAUUUUUCAGUAUCAAAUUGGCAAGUAGAUACCCAGAUUCAUGUGAACGGAGGCGAAUAUAUUGGUUUUGUAAAACAAGAUGGAUCAUUCGCUAUACAUAACGUACCCACGGGCUCGUAUGUCGUUGAAAUCGUACAUCCUGAUUAUAUGUAUGAGACAGUUCGUGUCGAAAUUAAUUCUAAAGGAAAGUAUAGAGCUCGUAAAGUAAAUUAUAUACAGACUUCACAAGUCAUUCAAGUUCCUUAUCCCUUAAGAAUUAAGGCCUCAGGAAAAUAUAGAUACUUCCAAGUUCGUGAGCAAUGGCGAAUGACUGAUUUCCUGUUCAAUCCCAUGGUAAUCAUGAUGGUAUUACCAUUACUGCUCAUUAUGAUUUUGCCUAAAAUGAUGAAUGAUCCAGAAACAAAAGAAGAUUUAAAACAGAUUAGCAACAUGGCUAAGAUGUCUGAAUUACCAGAGGUCUCUGAAAUGUUUACAUCACUCUUCAGUGGGGGGGCUGCGGCUAAAGCUAAUGCUAAAACAAAGCAAGUGAAGAAGAGGCAA